AACGAUAAAUGUUUAGCAACAUGUACAGUUUGAAGCAUACGGAUCUUGGUGCUGGAGCGUCUGUAGAGUCGAUCCUCAGAUCCUGAUCUUCUUCUCAGAUCUCUUUCUUCUCUCUACUUCCCCCCCUUUUCUUACUUCUUUCAAUCAUUUUUCAAUGCUCUUCACUUUCCACAUUUUCAUUCCAUUUUGACUCUUUGGUCUACUGCUUUGUCGUCUAAAUCCUAUCUUUCUUCUUCAAAAGGAUUAGAGUGAAUGAUGGAUCUGGUUAACCCUAUUCUUGCUGAUGGACUCGAUGAGGUCCACCAAAAUGGUGUUCAUGAUGAACCUUCUAAUUCUGGAGAGGAUGGUGGUGUGUCAAAUGAUUUAGACUCCCGUGUUACUGAAACUAUAGAAACUGUAGCUCCGAAUGGAUAUUUGGAAAAUUUUAACCAGUCAGAGAGCACUGCAACUGGAGACUCGUCAAUAGGGGGAAUCGAAGGAUCAAAUGUCAACGUGGAUGGCAAUAAUACCACUAUUUCUAAGGAAAAGGAAGUGAAAAAAACAGUUCAAACGGAACAAUCAAGAGCACAAAAGGGUUCUGUCAAGAAUAAGAAUGCAAAGGUUGCUAGUUCAAGUGGUGUUCAUGCAAAUUUGGUGAAAAACAGCAAAAAUGCAAAAGAUAAGCCAGCAUCAUCCGCUGUUUCAAAUGGCACUUCUGCUUUAGAAUCUCGCCCUAAACAGUCUAUUAAAAGCAGAUCAUUCAAUGAUCGGCAGUCUCAAGCGUCCAAGAACCCUUCAAAGUCUGAUGCAGCGUCUUCUGAAGUUGCCAAGGAGAAGAAAAAGCCAAAAUCAUUGAAACCCGUUGAUAAAGUUCCAGAUGAAGCAGAAUCUUCACUUACCAAUGCAGAAGACGCCAAACCUCGCAGGGUGGGUACACUUCCAAAUUAUGGAUUCAGUUUCAAGUGCGACGAACGAGCUGAGAAAAGAAGAGAGUUCCUCACUAAGGUUGAGGAAAAGAUUCAGGCAAAGGAGGAGGAGAAGAGUAACUUGCAAGCAAAAACCAUGGAGAGCCAAGAAAAGGAGAUUAAAAAGCUUAGGAAAAGUCUAACAUUUAAAGCAACUCCAAUGCCAACUUUCUAUCAGGAGCCUGCUCCUCCUAAGGUGGAGUUGAAGAAGAUACCAACUACAAGAGCAAAAUCUCCGAAGCUCGGUCGUAAGAAGACUUCAACAAAUUCAGAGUCGGAUGGAAAUGGUAACAGCAGUUCUCAACUAGGUCGUUUAAGUCUCGAUGAGAAAGUGUCUCAUAGCAACUCCACUAAAGGAGUUGCCCCUGUCCAUCAAAAGAAGCCGCUACGAAAGUCCCUUCCUCCUAGACUAGCUUCUGAUAGGACCAGUUCAUCCAAUUCAGUAGCCGGACCUACUUCAUCGAAGGCGGUUCAUGAUGAAAAAACUUCCUUAUCUAAUGUAACAAAGAAAUAUACUAGCUUAUCCAAUGCUACAGGGGAAGAGAAAACUGAGAUCACCGCAGCCGAUGAAGAGAGCAGUAAUACCUUGUCUAGUGAGACAAAUGUUGCUCUACCUCUCAAUGUGGUUCCUUCAGAUAAGCCAAGUGAAGCAGAAUCUCAUGUGAAUGGUGACAUAGUGGUUGAAGAGAAUCCUCAGCUCAUGUUGUCACAAGGACCGAUCAUGACCGUGCAUUGAGCAUAUUGCAGGUUAAUUACUAUCGGAGAAUUUGAUUCGCCUGUGAAUGUUAUAGAAGCUUAAUAUGACUCAUUAUUUGACAAUGAAGGCUUGCAAAUUUGCGUUAUGGUUUGUGAUGUCCUCUUGUCUUGUCGAAGCGGCAUCUUUUUUUAUCUGUUUAUUACUCUCAAGCUUGUUAAUUCAGUCCUUGUCAUUCUCUCUUUGUGCUUGCAGCAAUGUAUGUAACUAUUUGCAAGGUUAUUGUAGUUGAUGGUUAUUUUGGGUAUGCAGCACUUGUCUGUUUAGUGGGAUUUGUAAUAUAUUUUAAGCAAAAUUUUGAGAAAAAUUGACAUAUGAAAGUGCUUCCUUCUUUGUUCUGGCAUUGCUUUGUUAAACAAUUUGACAUUGUCAGCA